UCCGUAGGGGCAUUAGCUUGACAAGCUUCGCGGCCAUCUUCGUGCCGCCAGAUUCGUGCCCCAUCAUGUGGGCGGUUCUUGCUCUGCAGUUGUAAAGAUUUGCGUUAAAAAAUAUGUUGCGAAGUAUGUAACUAGAGGUAGCCAAACAGUUUGAACUUUCUGCUUCUUCCUUGGUCGUGGAGAAUUGUCUUACAAUUGAUUACUACAAGAGCUUGUCUAGUACUACCUACCUCUUUUAUUUGAGUCGUGCUAAAAAAAUAGAAAAUCAAGAUCAAGAUGAUGAAUUUUCCCGGAGGAUUACAACAAUCGAGCAACUCGUUGUCCGGUGGCUUCGAUGCUGGAUUGGGUCCGUUCAUGCAGGAUGAAAAGCCCGAUCUGCCGCCUGAGUUGGAGAAGGCAAUGGGUGCACUCGAAGGCAUGGAUGGAAAAUUGGGCAAGCUAUCGAUCCCACUUCUCCGACUGCAAUAUGCAUGUGGAUUCAAGUUACGGCAAAAAACCCAUAGUUGUGUACUAUGUAGUAUCCAUAUUGUACUAACUAUGUAUGUAACUAAAUUAAUAGAGUACUAUCCAUAGUUGUACUAUGCAUCUUCUGGAGCCCGCAAGCAGAAAGAUUAUCGUUACAUUACUCCAGUCGACAACUGCUUAGAAGUACUUCAAAAAUAUCACUUUUGUUUCGGACGACUACAACCUCAGAAGUCCUUCAACCAACUUUGUUGGUGUGGUAUCUUCACACCAACAAAGGUUGAAUUUAGAGUAUCUUCACACCAACAGACACUCCCCGUUCAUACAAAAGCUGUUUUUCGUCCGGCGCAUCUGGAAAUAGUAGCAGCUGGGGCUCUUGGGGAGGAAGUUCAAGCUCCGCCGAUUCGACACUCAAAUGCUUAGAGAAGUGCGAAGCCCCGAUGACCGAGUUCGCGGAAGCAUGCGAGAAUCGAGUAAUUGAUUAUACUUUAUUGGUCGACGCACUCAACAACGACUUGAUGUCGAUGCUUCAUUUGCCAUCAUCUCUUCCAGUAAAACUGUUCUUCUCAUCAUCUGUGGCAUGACUUACAUUUGAUUUAGAAUCGAUCAGGAUUGAUGGAGAAAAAUCCAAUUUUUGGAACUAUACUUUUUCUGAUGCCUCCACUUCUAGUUGACAAGAACACAUAGUGUCAAUCUCUCUUUGCUCUUCAUGACUAUGUCCUUAGGAUCUUCUACCACCCAACCUUAGCUCGAUCCAUUGAUGUCUCGGGUAACGCAGUGCUUCAUGAUGCAGGAAGAUAGUGGCGCGGGUGCCAUCGAGUCCUGCGUAAAGAACGCUUUGGGUGACAGCGCCAUCAAGCAGGUGGAAGAGCAGAUAUCUCAUGAUGUAAAUUCGAUUUAUUCGAAAUACCGACAUGAAGUGGGGGAAUGACUGCGAUGAUGACGGCGAUGGAUUGAUAGAUGGAGGUUGCGGAAUGAGCCAUAGCACUGCUGACGACACAACAAGUACAACUGAUGACACAACUGCAGAUCGUCAUCAUGUUAAGGCUCCUGUUUUCAUGAAGCAGGAAAGGCAGUGGGGUGGGCUGUUUUCAUUGUACUUCAAUUCGUGACCAAACAACGACAAAUGCGUAGCACAUGUCGACCCGCGAAACCUUGUAGGAUUAUGCGACAAAAAAUGUUCUUUUUCAUUAUCGCCUAUGCGACAAGAAAUGUCCUUCACUUUUUCUCUAAAGAAUGUUGAAUGGUAAUAUCUUUUUGGGAGAAGAAAACUAGUGAAUGUCAUCGGCUACUGGCUUGGGCUCCUUCAGGAACAGCUCCGACUGAACUCAGCGAGAU